AGCUGAGCAGCACAGGACCACACACAGUCUCACUGAGUCAGUAGACAUGGAGGAUGGGAAGCCUGAUCUGCUGCUGGUCAAAGAGGAGACAAUAGAAGACGGACCAGAGAGCAUUGACCUGCUGAGUGGACUAAAUAUGGGGGAGCAUGGUGGUUGGCUGGAGGCUAACAGAGGAGACUGGGCGACCAUCUUGGAUUCCCAGACCCAGAUGGGUGCAGUCAAGGGCCUAAGGGACAACAUCACUGAGCAGGCCAGGACCAGAGGCGACAUAGUGGAGUCAGUAGACAUGGAGGAUGGGAAUCUUGAUCUGCUGCUGGUCAAAGAGGAGACAGUAGAGGACGGACCAGAGAGCAUUGAUCUGCUGAGUGGAGUAAAGAUGGGGGAGCAAGGUGGUUGGCUGGAAGCUAACAGAGGAGACUGGGCGGCCAUCUUGGAUUCCCAGACCCAGACUGGUGCAACCAAGGGCCCAGGGGACAACAUUACUGAGCAGGCCAGGACCAAAGGCGACAUAGUGGAGGUCAGUGGAUGGGACAGCGUCCUCAACUCUGGACUGGGGAACAACACUGUUGACCACUACCAGAAACAGACAGUGGAACACAAAACAACAUCUGAACUUUGUCUCCAUGACAACAGACUGGCUGAGACCAGGCGAGACUUAGAUUUGGUCUGCGGGGAUGGGGAGGUGUCCACCUCAAACAAUGCCAGUUCCUCAACACUAAAUGGCUACACAAGCCCAUUGACAAAUGACAGUAGUAGUAAUGCUAUCAGUAGAUCCGGUGGCAAAGAGAAGCGCUUCCUGUGUUCGUUCUGUGGGAAAGCCUUCAGUUUCCCCAAACAGGUGGAGAUCCACCAGAGGAUGCACACGGGGGAGAAGCAGUUCGGCUGCCACCUGUGUCGGGCCAGUUUCACCCACUCGUCCAAGCUGAAGAGGCACCAGAGGUCCAUGAGGACCUGCUGA